AUGCCAGUUAAUGAUGCCAUUAAUCUAGCUAAUCUGGAAAUCCUGUGACUUGAAAGAAAUAGGCUGACACUGUUAUCCCGAGAAAUAUCCUUGCUUCAUAAACUGACAGUACUGAAGGUCAGUCACAACCAGUUACCGUGUCUCCCUAAAGAAUUGUCAAAGCUUGUAAAUGGUGAGGAACCCUUUCUCAAUCACAAAAAUAUUUAUGAAGUUCCUUUUGCAUUGAAAAAACUUGAAACUUUAGAGUUUGCAAAGAACAAGUUAAAAACUUUGCCAGAUACCAUAGCUGACAUGAAAAAACUGAAGGUACUCAACAUUGCUUCCAGUCAAAUCUCAGUAUUCCCAAGGGUUCUCUGCUACUUUCCUAAUCUCAGCAUAUGUGAGAACUUAAUUCAGAGUUUACCAAAGGAUAUUAAAAGAUUUUCUGGAAAGGCAUACAUGCCUGUUGAAUUAAAAAAUUGUACACGAAUAACGGAAGCUGACCUCAGGGACAACAAGCUCUCUCCAUUUCCAAAUGUGUUGUGUGCGCUAUUUGAUCUUAAACCCUUAAAUCUUAUUUACUUGGGUGUAAGUGAGAAUGAAAUCAAUAGCAUGCCAGCAGUGGUGUCCGAGCUGAAGGCUCCCCAGGUGCUGCUCUUACACCGUCGUAAGUUUGAGUCAUUUCCUGAAGAACUAUUGUCUUCAAAGUCUUUAAAAGCACUCGACAUUUCAAAUAAUCAGAUAAAGAGCAUUCCUUUACAGAUUAGCAAUCUGGAAGUGAUCAAAGACCUAAAUUUAACUAAAAUGCCAGAGGAGCUAUCUGAGCUGGUUUGCUUCAGGGCACGGGACAUAUCUCACAGUGCCUUAAAGGAGAUUCCAGACAGCGUGGUGGAACUGGAGUAUUUGGUCUGUUUAAUUGCAAAUAAUAAUUAUAUCAGCCAGCUCUCCAAAUCUAUUACGUCACUAAGGAAUCUACAGCGGCUUGACCUGAGUGGCAAGUAUCAGGCAUCCAAUCCAUUAGUAAAAUGCCACCAUCGGGCACACAAUGGCCUGACGCGCACAGAGCAUCGAUCACCUCGGCAUGUGCGGGGCCGGCUCCCGGUGUUUACAAGACCGACUGUGUGUCUGUGUGCGCAGCCGUCCGAGCAGCGCUGCGGGUGUGAUGCAUCCCGCACCAGGGGAGUCCCUCGGUGGGGAUUACCACAG